AUGUCUGAACUCUAAGUAUGAGAAUAUAUAUAAUAAGAUCAUAUUUAAUGUUGGAAAGAAUGAACAAGGUAAUCCAAGUCAAAAUUAUAAGAAGAUUUUAAAAAAGUAUAAAGGAUAAUAUAAGGUAAGUUCUUAAUUUUUGAAUUAUUUAGUUUGGAUUAAACAAGGAUGAUUUAGUGUAUGAAAAAUUAAAGAAUGCAAAUUUAAUUAUUUUUGGAGGUUCUAGAGCUCCAUUUACAGAAAAAGGUUAGUUAUAUGAUUGUUAUCAUUAGAAAUAAAAUGUCUUGAAGAAUAUCUAAAUAAUGGAGGAAAUUUAUUAAUUUUAUUUUCUGAAGGAGGAGAGAAUAAAUCUACAAGCAAUUUAAAUGCAUUUAUAGAAAAGUAUGGAAUAUAUGUAAAUAAUGAUUGCGUGGUCAGAACAUGCUUUUUUAAAUAUUUUCAUCCUAAAGAAGCCUAUAUAUAGUAGGGAGUAAUAAAUCAAGAAGUAAUUAAUAUAAUAAUAAAAUGUAAAGAUAGUUCGUGUAAUUAAUGGAGAUUAAAAAGAAACUAGAAAAAAUAAGGCAUCUACACCAUAUUUGUAGGGUGUAAUUGAAUUAGAGGAAUCAGAAACUAAUAAUAAUGGAGGAUUGGAUUUUGUAUAUCCAAGUGGAGCCACAUUAGUAGUGAAGGACAAAGCAUUUCCAGUUCUAUCGACAGGACCUAUGUCUUAUCCAUGUGAAAGACCUAUAAUGGCCAUAAAUUCAGAUAAAGGGAAAUUAGUAGUUAUAGGUUCUACUGAUAUAUUUAAUGAUGAAUAUUUUGAGAAGGAUGACAACCAGAAGAUUUUUGAUUUUCUGCUUAAAUUUUAUUUUAGUAAAGAUGUCGAAUUUGACAAAAAGGCUCCAUUCAUUGAGUCAGAAAAUAAGAAUGCUCCAGACAUAGCAGAAUUGUCAGAGAAACUUAAGAGUUGUCUAUAAGAGAGUGAGGAAUUACCUAAGGAUGUGACUACCCUCUUUGAUUCUACUCUAUUUAAAUUUGAUCUUGAAAUGAUUCCUGAUGCUGUAAAAUUAUAUUAGACUCUUGGUAAAUAUAAUAUAUAAUAUGAUAAUUAGCUGUAAAACAUGAACCAUUAACUUUAAUUGUACCACAAUUUGAAACUCCAUUAUUAGGAUUAUAACCUGCUUUAUUUCCACCAAUUCCUAGAGAGUUACCUCCUCCUCCUCUAGAGUUAUUUGAUUUAGAUGAAGAAUUUGCAUCUGAAAAGUGAUCUUACUAUCUUAUCAUAAUUAGAGUGAGAUUAGCAUAAUUAACAAAUAAAUGUAGCAAUGAUGAUUUAGAAUAUUAUGUGAAAGAAGCAGGAGAUAUUAUAGGAAUAACAGACAAAUUAAAGAAUAGAUAAAAGGCACACUCAGUCAUUCAUUAUGUUUUAGAAAAUUUGAUCAAUUUUAAAAAACUAAAUUAAGGUUGA